CAGUGACUGGUGUCCCUGUGAAGAGUGAAGAUGAGGUCAAAGGUGAGAGUGAGGAGAAGAGAGAGGCGGAGCCUCCAAGCAGCAGCUCAACUCAACACAUGACAACAGAAGCUGAUGGAGACCACUGUGGAGGAUCACAAGCAGACAAGCUCUUAGCUCCACUAUCAGAUAGUGAGGACACAACGUCACACUCUCCUGACACUGAUGAUGAAGACUCUAAAGAUGAUAAGACAUGUCACACUGACAACACACACUUCACAUGUUCUCACUGUGACAAAACUUUUAAAUACCAUUGUCGUCUAAAAACACACAUGAAAAUACACACUGGAGAAAAACAUUGUUCAUGUUCAAUCUGCGGUAAAGAUUUUACUCAUAAGCAAGAUUUGAAAAUACACAUGAGAACACACACUGGAGAAAAACCUUUUUCAUGUUCAAUCUGUGGUAAAGGUUUAACUCAUAGGAAUCAUUUGAAAGUACACAUGAGAACACACACUGGAGAAAAACCUUUUUCCUGCUCAGAAUGUGGUAAAAGUUUUAUAAUAAAUCAAGGUUUAAAAUUACACAUGAGAACACACACUGGAGAAAAACCUUUUUCAUGUUCAAUCUGCGGUAAAGACUUUACCCAAAGAGACCAUUUCAAAUCACACAUGAGAAUGCACACUGGAGAAAAACCUUUUUCCUGUUCAAUCUGCGGUAAAGAUUUUACUAAAGGCGACCAUUUAAAAGUACACAUGAGGACACACACUGGUGAAAAGCCUUUUAUAUGUUCAGUAUGUGGUAAAAGUUUUAUAGAAAGACACCCAUUAAAAUUACACAUGAGAACGCACUCUGGUGAAAAACCAUACUCCUGUUCAAGCUGCCACAAAAGCUUUAGCCUCCCAAAAUCCAUUAAAAAACACAUGAGAACACACACAGGAGAGAAAGUGUUGAGUUGCAGUGUGUGUGGUGAAAGAUUCUCUUCUAAGUACCAGUGUAAGAAACACAAGUGUGCUGGUGAGAACAGCAGCAGCAAAUGAAGAUGCAGGAUUUGAAAUAAACUUUCUAACAACAUCAGCACAUAUAACAUGUGUGACAUCAUUGUUGUGUGUGUAACACAAUCUUGUUAAUAUGAUUC